AUGAGCCUUCCCGAUUACCCUGUUCCAGAGUUGGAUGUCACCUUGCAAGAAGUGGGCCGUGUCCUACAGCUCACUUUAGGCCCUGACCUUCACGCUGAGUUCAAAAGCACACUAGAACAGCAGAGGGAGCUCCUUCAAGAGGCCCAGCAGAAAUUAGCAACCAGUGCUGCAGGCCAAGAGAAUUGGGUGACAGAACACUUCAAGAGUGGAUUGCUGUCUUGCUCUAAACCUGUGCCCAUCUCUACAGCUCUCCCUAUUGUGCUACCCCCAUCUAAGGCAAAGAGAUGUUCCCAGUUAGAGAGGGCAGCAACUCUGCUCUGGGCAGCAGCAAAGCUGUACAGUGAGCCCUUGUUGCUGGAGGGUGAUGUGCCAAUAGAGCGCACACAGCAGUCUGAGGUUUUUGCUGCCAGCCGGAUUCCUGGCAGAAAUCAAGAUGAGAUUAAGGUCUACCCAGAGAGCCUCCAUGCCAUCAUCACCUGUGCUGCAGGAGUGUUCCCUGUUGACAUACUGUGGCGUCCAAGUACUGGUGGGCCAGUUUCUGCUCGACCAUUCACUGACAUCUACAACCAGCUGGCUAAGGUGGUAGAUCAACCAAGUGCAGAAAAACAGAAUGAUCCCUGUGCCAUUUGCAGUCUCUCAGCUCUGGAGCGCAAAACCUGGGCUGCCAUCAGGGAAGAGAUCCUGGGGCAAGGAGGGGCAGAAGCAGCAUCACUGGGGCUGAUGGAAAGUGCCGUGCUGGCACUAUGUCUGGAAGACCACAAUGCAUCCUCUGAACUGGCUGAUAUCCUCAAAGCAGUUAGACUGGGAGGAGGAGGAGGAGACAGUCCGUGUCUGAGAUACUAUGAUAAGGUGGUGAAUCUGGUAGUGUUCAAGGACAGCACAGCUGGGAUGGUGUUUGAACACAGUGCUGUGGAUGGGAUGGUUGCUGCACUUCUGACUGAGCGUGUGUACCAUCUGUCUGACACUAUUGACUUAAAUGUAGUCAAUACUGACAAACUGAAUGUGAAUGGGUCUUUCACAGUAAACAGUGCUAAUGCUAAUUCUGUUUUCCCAACUCCCCUAACAUUACCCUUGCAAGGGGUGAAUACCCCCAAGCCAAGCCCUGACUUGAAAGUGACAAAUCCAGUUCUCACUUUUGAUGUGUCCUCCUAUGCUGAUGUCUUUUCUACUCUCAGAGGGCAGAGAGGCCUUUAUGAUGCUUGGAUCAACUUCUCUUUGCAGCUUUCCCUGAUGCAAACUCUUGGGGAAUCUGCUGUCAAUCACAUACUUGUCACACCUACCCAUAUGCGCCACUAUAAACAUGGCCGUUGUGAUCCUACAUACUCACUCACAAUGCAGUCGCGUAAGUUAGUAGAUGCCUUGGCAUCCUGCAUUAGCCCAGACAAUACAAUGCAAUACAAUACUGACCUCCUACGCUUGUUCCAUGUUGCAUUUUUGGAACACAAAUGCCUAAUCAAAAACACCAAAAGUGGUCAAGGUGUUGGUCCCCACAUAGCUGCCCUGCGUCAAUCUCUUCCAUCUGAAAAUCCAUUGAAGAAGUUUCUGGCCCCAUUUGGAUGUCCAUCUGUGUACCUUACAGGCACAGAUCUGAUGGAAGGUGUAGAGUGUGGAGUAGGAAAUGUUUAUGCCCAAGACCAGCUGGCUGUAACCUACCUGGGCAAGAGAGACAAGGUUUGCAUUGUGCUUAAUGGCAAAGGGAGCUUUGCUCUGACACUGGAGAAGCUUCAAGAAAACUUGAAGGUAAACCUGAAGUUAGUGAUGCUUCUAGCUGUCAGAUAUGCCAUUGCAUGCCAAAUGGGAGCAUUGGAGUGUCUACUCAAACAGGGUCACACUGAGAAAAUGAAUGGAGAGAUAUACCACUGUGCAGAGAGCCCAAAAAAACACAAAAUUACUUCUGAACCUACCACAGGAAUGAGCCCAGACCAUACUCUGGUGAUUCAUGGUGGUGCUGGAGAGGAGAUGAUGCUGAACCCCCAUGUGAUUGGGGUUAUUGAGUUUGCUCUGCAGACAGCCUUAACCCUUGGAUCUCAAGUGCUUCAGCAAGGUGGCAGGAGUUUGGAUGCAGUUCAGAAGUCAGUGGAAGCUCUGGAAGACUGCUUCCUGUUCAAUGCAGGCAAAGGCUCAGUAUUCAACAAAGAUGGCAAAAAUGAAAUGGAAGCAACCAUUGUAGAUGGCAAUUCACUGAGGUCAGGAUCUGUUGCCUGUGUGCAAAGUGUGAAGAACCCAAUAAAAGCAGCCAGAUGUGUCAUGGAGAAAAGUUCUCAUUCACUCAUUGUGGGAGAUGGGGCUGAGGAGUUUCUGCAAGGGUUGGAGGAGAAGGGGAAGCCUGUUGGGCCUGAGUAUUUCUACACUGAUAUACGUCAAAGAGAGUUAAAUGCAAAGCUCAGUGCUGGAAAUAUCUCAAAAAACAAUCACCCUCAGACAGUUGGAGCCGUGGCCUUAGAUCGUUGGCAUGGAUUGGCUGCUGCAUCAUCCACUGGCGGGUUAGUAGGAAAGCUGAAAGGGCGAGUUGGGGAUACAGCAGUAGUGGGGGCAGGAAUAUAUGCUGAUGACAUGUUAGCUAUUAGCUGCUCUGGAGAUGGAGAUGUGUUCCUGAGGCACACAGUUGCACAGAAAAUAGCCAGCCUCUACCAUCACAAAGGCCAUAGCCUUAGGCAGGCAUGUAGAGAAGUGAUGACUGAAAAUCUGGAAGGGGUUUGUGCAGGAAUCAUUGCUGUGGACACUAAAGGUGAUGCCAUCAUUGAAACAAAUGCUGGUGUGAUGUUUGUGGCCUCAACGAUAAGUGGCAUUUCAAGAGUGGAGGUCUUCAGGCCAUUAAAGAACUUCUCUGAUGUGAUCUGGGAAACAGAUGAGCUGGUUGCCUACCUCGAUCCAAGCCCUUGGAUCUCUGGGUCAACCAUUUUAACUAGAAAAACUUUAAGUGGGGUAAGCAGCAUCUUCCAGUUAGCUGCACCUGAUUUUGUGGCCAUGCUACAAGGAGCAAAAGCUGUGUCAAGUUUGCUAUGUGAGCGACUGGGAGUGAAGCGCUGUGCCUUGGUUUUCAAUCCAAGUCCAGAUCAGCCAGCACAAAUCAGAGUGCUCCCACUUCAUGGUCUAGAGUCAAAGUGGCAGCCCCAUCUUGCCAAUGAAGAGGAAUUUCACACUUACGACCCUGGCUACUGCACCUCAAAAAGUGGCCCAUGCUGGGAUGAUGAAGCACUGACCCAGGUUCAAGCCAAGAUCAGAAACGGACUGCCAACAUCAAAUGCACCUUCUUGCUUUGACUUUUGUGGAGAUCCUUCUGAUGAAAACGUGUUUAGUCGUAUUGUACGUGGAGAUCAGCAGCAGUGGAGAGUGUGGGAAGACAAUGAGCAUGUUGCCUUCCUCACACCGUACCCAAACACUCCAGGACUAACUGUUGUGGUGCCACGCAAACCACUGCCCAGCGACAUCUUCAAACUAAGAGAGUGUGACUAUGAAGCACUGAUCCUGGCCACUUAUAAAGUUGCACGACUACUGGAAGAAGGAAUGAGAGCUCGAGGUGUUGCUCUGAUCUUUGAGGGCUUUGAGAUUGACUACGCUCAUGCCAAGCUGAUCCCUUUGUUACCUUCACCAGAUGACAUUAAGAAUGCCAAACCACAACCAGAAUGUUUCCAAAGCUACCCAGGAUAUGUGUCAUCACUGAAUGGCCCAGCUGCUGACCCUGAGACUCUCAAAAAGAUCCACACAAAAAUCACCCAAGCCAAUGGUACCCGCAACUUGUUCCAGAUUCAGAACACUCUUUUCCACAGCACAGUGGAAUAUUUCCACAGUUCCUGCCGGUACUCCUACGCUCUCACCCCUCUCACCACAGACACCAUCUCCUCACCAAUGGGCCUGGGAUCUGACUCUGAGCCAGUUUCCGUUAACCUGCUGGGCCAGGACAUCUACCUGGCUGACUCAAUGCAGUUUGUUCUUGAAUAUUUCCUUCGCUUUCAGGAGAACCUUCCAGGAACCUACUAUAUAUCGCCCAGCUUUAGAGGGGAAGAUCCUGAUGCCACACAUUUGAACCAGUUCUACCAUGUGGAGUGUGAACUGUUGGGUGACAUGGACAGUGCCAUUUCCAUAGCAGAGGGAUACCUGGCUUACCUCACCAAGUCCAUGUUGAAGAAACACGCCAAUACAAUCCUCAACACUGCUGGGACCCUGACACAUGUCACAGCCAUGCUGAGUAAACUGGAUGGAAGAACCCCAUUACCAAGAGUGCCUCUAGACCAGGCCAUUCCCAUGAUGCCCUCUGCUGACUGUUUUGAGUGGGUACAAGAUGGUCAGCCCCAGUUUGGGAGGAAGCUAACACGCAAAGGAGAGCGAGUGUUGAUAGAGAAAUAUGGUGGUGCAGUUUGGCUGACUGAGAUGGACCAUCUAGGAGUUCCCUUUUACCAAGCAUAUGUGGAGGGCACUGGGCGGUGCAAAGCCAAAGCUUCUGACCUUCUGCUGGGGCUGGGUGAGACUUUAGGUCUUGGUGAACGUCAUUCAACCCCCGAGAUGGUACAGGAGGCUCUCAAACACCAUGCAGUGCCAGAGCAGCCCUACAAGUGGUACAUAAACAUCCGCCAGGUGAAACCACUCCUAACCAGUGGAUGGGGCAUGGGGACAGAGCGCUACCUGUGUUGGCUGCUUCAGCAUGAUGACAUCAGAGAUAUACACAUCAUUCCUAGGGUGAAAGGAAUGAAGUACAUGCCCUGA